CAUGCCUUUGUUUGUCUCAUUCUGAUGAAUUAUUUAAUUAAAUGAAACCCCUUAUUGAUCAGUAUAAAGACAAUCGUAUUUAAAUUAUCCAUAAAAUAUACAUAAAGCCCAAAAAUCACUUGUAGUGUAGACUCCUUAAAGUUUUCGUAAAUUGUACAUAUUUUGUAGACUAUACCGGUCCGUAUACAUGUGUUUAUCUUGUUCCCUCGCUAUUCUCUUGUUUUUAACAGUUAAACACUGUAAAGCCAUAAAUCGCGAUAAAAAAAUGCGUGGGCUACGUACGUACUAAAUAAUUCAGGAGUUUUGAUGUAGAUCUAUACAUAUCGGCGUAGAUUGUAACGCGCAUGCCCGAAACUCCUAAUUUCAAGAAAUUCCAUUGCCUGACGACUUUGUACGAAGAAGGCCAGUAACAUCAUAAAUAUUAAAAAUAAGUGUGAAAAAUAAUAUCAAUAGCGGCUAAAUUACCAUAAAUCAGGAAGAGAAAGCAGCCGCGGCUGCCAAGUCGGGCGGUAGUGGCGAGUCCUCAGAGUCUGCACUGGCAACACUAGGCACCAGCAUGCCUCCUACUGCUACCAGCACACCGGGGGUUAACCCAUUCACCGGUUUACCCCACUCCCAGCGGUACCACGAGCUCCUCCGCCGACGUCUCGGUCUCCCAGUAUGGGAAUACAAAAACGAUUUCAUGAGACUCCUAAACACCCAUCAAUGUGUUGUCCUAGUCGGUGAGACUGGCUCGGGCAAAACCACACAAAUACCGCAAUGGUCGGUCGAAUUCGCUGCCGUUACAGCAGGCAAAUCCAAAGGCGUAGCCUGUACACAACCGAGAAGAGUGGCCGCCAUGUCAGUAGCUCAAAGAGUAGCUGAAGAAAUGGACGUAGCACUGGGCCAGCAAGUCGGUUACAGCAUCCGUUUUGAGGACUGUUCCGGACCACAAACCAUACUAAAGUACAUGACGGACGGUAUGUUGCUCAGAGAAGCGAUGUCGGAUCCCAUGCUGGAACAGUACAGAGUUAUACUUCUUGACGAGGCUCACGAGAGGACUUUGGCUACAGAUAUCCUCAUGGGAGUCCUAAAAGAGGUUAUAAAACAGAGGGCCGACCUUAAACUAGUCAUCAUGUCCGCUACAUUAGACGCUGGCAAGUUCCAACAGUACUUCGACAAUGCUCCGUUAAUGAAUGUCCCUGGUAGAACUCAUCCUGUAGAGAUAUUCUACACACCACAGCCUGAAAGAGAUUACCUAGAAGCAGCUAUCCGCACUGUCAUCCAAAUACACAUUUGUGAAGAAAUUGCCGGAGACAUUUUGCUGUUUUUGACUGGACAGGAGGAGAUUGAGGAUGCCUGUAAGAGAAUCAAGAGGGAAAUUGAUAAUUUAGGUCCUGAUGCUGGGGAGUUGAAGUGUAUACCCUUAUAUUCUACGCUACCUCCCAACUUACAACAGAGGAUUUUCGAGCCAGCGCCGCCUAAUCGCGCAAACGGAGCUAUCGGACGGAAAGUUGUAGUGUCUACUAACAUUGCCGAGACGUCGCUGACUAUAGAUGGCGUGGUGUUCGUGAUAGACCCUGGUUUUGCUAAGCAAAAGGUCUAUAACCCUCGUAUUCGUGUCGAGUCUCUCCUUGUGUCGCCAAUUAGUAAGGCGUCCGCCCAACAGAGGGCGGGCCGCGCCGGUAGGACGCGACCGGGUAAAUGCUUCAGACUGUACACAGAGAAAGCGUACAAAAAUGAAAUGCAAGACAAUACUUAUCCGGAAAUUUUAAGAUCAAACUUAGGAUCUGUAGUUUUGCAGUUGAAAAAACUCGGGAUAGACGACUUGGUGCAUUUCGAUUUUAUGGACCCCCCCGCGCCCGAGACGCUGAUGAGAGCACUCGAGCUACUAAACUACUUGGCUGCACUGGACGACGAUGGCAACCUAACAGACCUGGGCGCGGUGAUGGCGGAGUUCCCCCUGGAUCCUCAGCUCGCCAAGAUGUUGAUCGCCAGCUGCAACCAUAACUGCUCCAAUGAGAUCUUAUCUAUCACUGCUAUGUUGUCAGUUCAACAAUGCUUCGUGCGUCCGAACGAGGCCCGCAAGGCGGCGGACGAGGCCAAGAUGAGGUUCGCACACAUCGACGGAGACCAUCUCACGCUGCUCAACGUAUACCAUGCAUUUAAACAGAAUAUGGAAGACCCACACUGGUGCUAUGACAACUUCAUCAACUACCGCUCACUGAAGUCCGGAGACAAUGUCCGUCAGCAACUCAGCAGGAUCAUGGAUAGGUUUAACUUGAAGAGGACGAGUACGGAGUUCACAAGCAAGGACUACUAUAUCAAUAUAAGGAAAGCUCUAGUUAAUGGAUUCUUCAUGCAGGUCGCCCACCUCGAGCGCACGGGCCACUACCUGACGGUGAAGGACAACCAGGUCGUGCAGCUGCACCCCAGCACGUGCCUCGACCACAAGCCCGACUGGGUCAUAUACAACGAGUUCGUGCUCACCACCAAGAACUACAUACGGACCGUCACGGACAUUAAACCGGAAUGGCUCCUAAAAAUAGCUCCACAGUACUACGAACUCAACAACUUCCCACAAUGCGAGGCGCGGCGACAGCUAGAGUUACUUCAGGCGAGACUCGACUCCAAAGCCUACCAGGAAGGAUUCUAGGACGUAAUCUACACACACACAGACUAGAUCAUAAUAUGUCGUUACUACACGAAAAUAUAUCAUCAGGUGAUCCGUCGGCUCGUAAAAGUCCAUUUUAUAUAUCGUACUACCUUCUGUCAGUGGAUAUGUCCAAGUUCCCGUGGGAUAAAAAGUAGUCUAUGCGGUAUUCCAGAUCUUAAUCUAUCUCUGUUCCAAAUAUCGUCGCGAUCCCUUCAGCCGUUUCGUACGGGGUCGAACGGGAACGCGGGCAGGAGCUAGUUUCGAAUAAUUUCGUGUAGUAACGAUUCAAAUGGUUUGUCUAACUGCAAGUGAGAAAGGACAUAUUAUCUGCAUUAAAUUGCUUUGGGAAUAUAACCUUUAUAGGUAUAUAAAGUAAUACAUAACAAGUAUAUUUACGAGAAACGGUAUUUAUAGAUCUAUUCUACGAAUCAAGCCGUUGCGUUUGAUAUCCAUAAUGGAGGUAGUUGUGGAAACAAUUAGAUUAUAUUGUACGGUCAUCAAGAUUAAGAGUGUGUAC